AGACUUGUUCCUUUUACUUAUUUCAUAUUAUUUACUUGUCAAAUAAAGAUUCGCUUAAAUUUAAACAACCUAUUGCAAAAUAAGUUAUAAGAAACCAAUACAGAUGAUGGAAUAAGAAAUUAUUUAAAAUGGGAUUUGUAGGUCUUGUUUUUCCAAAAAAAUCUUGAACCACCGGAUAUGACCUCCCCCUUCACUUACAGACCAGCCGCCACUGACUCACACUGGAGAAAGUCCUUACAAGUGUAAUAUUUGUUUGAAGCAGUUUACUCAUGCAAGUAAUUGGAGAAGACAUUUGAGAACACACACUGGAGAAAAGUCUUACACGUGUCAUAUUUGUGUGAAACAGUUUACUCAAGCCAGUAGUUUGAAAUCACACAUGGUGACUCAUACUGGAGAAAACCUCAUAGAUGUGAAAUUUGUGUGAAACAGCUUAUUGAUGCAAAAGAAAAUCCUUACAAGUGUGAUACUUGUUUGAAGCAGUUUCCUCGAGCCAGUAGUUUGAAAUCACACAUGGUGACUCAUACUGGAGAAAAGCCUUACAAGUGCGAGAUUUGUCUUAAACAGUUUACUCAUGCCAGUAGUUUGAAAUCACACGUAAUGACUCACACUGGAGAAAAGCCUUACAAGUGCAAACUUUGUUUUAAGCAGUUUACUCAGGCUGGUCAUUUGAAAUCACAUAUGAUGACUCACACUAGAGAUAAGCCUCACAAGUGUGAAAUUUGUUUGAAGCAGUUUACUCAAGCCAGUAGUUUGAAAUCACACAUGAUGAUUCACACUGGAGGAAAUCAUUACAAGUGCGAGAUUUGUCUUAAGCAAUUUACUCAAGCCGGUCAUUUUAAGUCACAUAUGAUUAUUCACACUGGAGAAAAGCCUUAUAAGUGUGAUAUUUGUUUUAAGAAGUUUACUAAAACCAAUCAUUUGAAAUCACAUAUGAUGACUCACACUGGAGAAAAGCCUUACAUGUGCAAAAUUUGUUUUAAGCAGUUUACUCAGGCUGAUCAUUUGAAAUCACAUAUGAUGACUCACACUGGACAUAAGCCUUACGUGUGCGAGAUUUGCCUUAAACAGUUUACUCAUGCCAGUAGUUUGAAAUCACACAUGAUGACACACACUGGGGAAAAGCCUUAUAAGUGUGAUAUUUGUUUUAAGAAGUUUACUCAAUGCGGUCCUUUGAAAUCACACAAGGUGACUCACACUGGAGAAAGUCCUUACAAGUGUGAUAUUUGUUUGAAGCAGUUUACUGAUGUAAGUAAUUUGAGAAGACAUUUGAAAAUACACACUGGAGAAAAGCCUUACAAGUGUGAUAUUUGUUCUAAGCAGUUUACUCAAGCCAGUAGUUUGAAAUCACACAUCGUCGGUCUAAGAUGCAAAUUGCCUAAGUCACAAAUUGAAAAUUUUACAGGAGAACUUUGGAACUUGCCUAUGUCCAAAAGACAACAAAAAUAAUAUAACUGAAAAUUGCCUAAGUCCAUGCAAUACAUAUUUGACCAAAAUUAAUUAAACAAAAUAUUUACACAAACUUAAAAAAAAUGGACUUAGGCAAUUUGCAUCUUAGACCGACGACAUGAUGGUUCACACUGGAGGAAAUCCUUACAAGUGCGAGAUUUGUCUUUAGCAAUUUACUCAAGCCGGUCAUUUUAAAUCACAUAUCAUGACUCACACUGGAGAAAAGCCUUACAAGUGCGAGAUUUGUCUUAAGCAGUUUACUCAUGCCACUAGUUUGAAAUCACACAUGAUGACUCGCACUGGACAAAAGCCUUACAAGUGUAAAAUUUGUUUUAAACAGUUUAUUCAAGCCAAUAUUUUGAAAUCACACAUGAUGACUCAUACUGGAGAAAAGCCUAACAAGUGCAAAAUUUGUUUUAAGCAUUUUACUCAAGCCAGUAUUUUGAAAUCACAUAUGAUGACUCACACCAGUGGCGGUUAUCCCUUUAGGUCAAUUGGUCAAUGGCCUGUAAUAAUUGUACAAUCAAACGAUUAUAAUGUAAUUAUUUCCUUAAAAAAAAAGAAAAUUUUCUGUAUUAAAAAUGUUCGGAAUACAAUAGUAUCGUUCAAAGUUAAAUUUUGCUUUUAUUGUAUUGACAUUUCAGUCAUUUUGUUGUUGUAAAAUAUAGCGACAAAGAUGCCGCCAAAAGAUUACCGAUAAAUAAACAUGAAAUACGAGCUGUUUGACAGUACCGAAAAGCCAAAUUUAUCUUUUACUGAAACUACCGCAAUAUUACUCUUAAACAGCUAAAUACGAACAUUCACGAUGGUCAAGAAAUUUAUUUGACCUCACUGUGAGAAUACAGCACUGGGAUUCCGAACGUUCACGAAAAUGCUCUCUUAUAUGCAAGUUGGUACCAUCGUGGUCAUUGACCGUAGACCGUAGAUCUACGGUUGAGACGUGACUAUCUAUGCAGGGAGUAAGAUUAGUUCGGAAUUUACAAAGUUAAGGGCGUUCGUGAGAUUAGUAUUAUUUUAUUAUAGAUUUUUAUAAAAUGUCUGUAGUGGUUAGUAUAAAUGAACUCCAACGCCAAAUGAAAUUAAAUUGAAGAAGAAUCGAUUUACUUUUUAAAUCCGCAUAAAAAUGUAAGUUUUUAUUUAUUUUAGGUUUUGAGUUUAAGUAGUUUGUUGAUAUUCUGGCUGUUAUAAUUACAUAUUAUAUCAUACUAUUUAUCUGAUUUAUUUGACAAUUAGUAAUGAAGACUUGUUCCUUUUACUUAUUUCAUAUUAUUUACUUGUCAAAUAAAGAUUCGCUUAAAUUUAAACAACCUAUUGCAAAAUAAGUUAUAAGAAACCAAUACAGAUGAUGGAAUAAGAAAUUAUUUAAAAUGGGAUUUGUAGGUCUUGUUUUUCCAAAAAAAUCUUGAACCACCGGAUAUGACCUCCCCCUUCACUUACAGACCAGCCGCCACUGACUCACACUGGAGAAAGUCCUUACAAGUGUAAUAUUUGUUUGAAGCAGUUUACUCAUGCAAGUAAUUGGAGAAGACAUUUGAGAACACACACUGGAGAAAAGUCUUACACGUGUCAUAUUUGUGUGAAACAGUUUACUCAAGCCAGUAGUUUGAAAUCACACAUGGUGACUCAUACUGGAGAAAACCUCAUAGAUGUGAAAUUUGUGUGAAACAGCUUAUUGAUGCAAAAAAAAAUUAACAUUUGAGAACGCACAGUGGAGGUCUUGCCAAGUGUGACAUUUCUUUUGAUUUUAAUUUUUUUCUGUUGUCUUUUAAUUAAUUACGCAAGCUCGCAAACAAUUCAUUUGAAAAGACACACUGGAGAUACAACUUUAUAAGUAUUAUUAUGAAGUUAUUUUGUUGUAUAUAUGCAUUUUACUAUUUUGUUGAGAAUAAGCAACAAUUUUACUUUAAAAUUAUGUUUGUUUGACGUUUUGAUUACCACGUCGCAAACUUUGUUUGCUAACACUUUUGCUUGUUAAUAAGUAAAAGAAGACAGCUGACCGAAAAAAUGACUCCAACUAAACAACACUGAAGAAAUUAAAUAAAGAUAUCCACCGAUCAAUCCAAAAAGACAAGCGACUACAAUACAAGAGAAAUAACUAAUAAUUCAAGAAAAGAAAAGUUUAAAAGUUUUGAGGCGAAAUACGAAUAACAUUUGCACAAAUAUAUCGUCGUCGUCGCGGCAAAAGACACUAAUAGUCAUAAGAGCUAGUGAACCCUCCGACUAACGGUCGUCCUGUAAGGCUAGAAAUUUUUCUAGUGAUAAUUCAUAGCACACCAAGGCUAAAAACCAUGACCUGGCAGGCAUCAGCGGUGCUCGUGUAUCUACCAGGUGAAUCGAAAAGUGCAAAUUUAGGGGGUAAAAUAAACUUUCUCCUGUAAGGUUUAAAUUUAAGUAUGUGUUUGAGUAAGUCAUUUAGAAGAAAUGUGUACAAUGACAGGCGAUUCUGAAGAGCAUAAGACCUUGCCAGGCGAGGGGAAAGAUUAGGGGUUUUUCCUAAAAUUAUUCUUUUUGCAUCGAACAAAUUUUUUUUAGGUUUUUUGAAUCAUUCCAAACAGAAAAGGUCUUUAGUGAUUUUUCUCUUAAGUUAAUAGUUUUUGUUAUAUAAGCGAUUGAAAAUUGCGAAAUCGGCCAUUUUUAACCCUAAAUCGGACAUUUAUCUAAAAAUUUCAAAGUUGCCAAGGUAGGUAUAUAUUCUUUAAACGUUGAUGAAAUCCCAAAGAGUUUUUUGCAAUACAAUAUCGGAAACGCAUUUGUUUUUUAAUUGCUAAUCAAGCGGGCGCGACACUGCAGUAUAAGUGAGGACGUUUGAGUCGGCAUAAAUUCAUUAUCUCGAGAAUGGGCAAAUUUCAAGAGAAAUCCUGAGACAGGUCGAUUUUUAUUUUUAAAUUAGGACUUUUUGGCAUAUAUAUAAUACUAGUGACGUCAUCCAUCUGAGCGUGAUGACGUAAUCGACGAUUAUUUUAAAUGAG